AUGAAGCUACAAUUCCACACGCAAUUUGUAAGGAUUACCCUCGUAGUCCUCCAACUCAUAAACCCUUCACUUCAAUGGCCUGAGCCAGAGCACUCAUCAGCCCCAAUUCCCGCUCCAUGGCCUGAACAAUUCCAUGCACUUUUGUAUAUGAACUUGAGCUCAACACGCCUCCAAAUCACCAAUCUGUGGUAUGAUUGGCCUAGAGGCCGCAAUGUGAAUAUAAUACAGAAACAACUAUCUGUUUUGUUAUAUGACACGGAGUGGAAUAAUGGAACAACCUUCUAUUACACUUUAAGCGAGCCUCAUAGCUGUCGGAUUAUGGUCAAUGAUGUGGGUAUUCCCAGGCCUGAUUUUCUUGAUGGAGCCGAAUAUCUAGGGACUGCUGUCACUGAUGGGUAUCUACGCAAUGCAUGGGAGAAGAUCGACACUAUGUGGUACUAUGAGGAUGUUUAUAUGAAGAGGCCUUUUGCUGUUUACAACCUGAUUAUAUUUGCAGGUAUUUCCACUCAUGUGAUAACUUUUGACGUAGGCGCAGUGCUUUUGGAUGAUUCAGUGACUCAAGCUCCUGCGUACUGCUUCAACCAGGAGAUCGAGAACAUUUAA